GCCGCUCACCUGGGCUGGAGAGCGCUGCGCCCUGCCCCAGCCAUGGCUCUCGCCCCGGCCGAGGCGCUGCUGGCCCCCUCGCUGGCCGAGGGGCGGACCCAGUCCCCCAAGCCGCUGAUGAAGAAGCAGGCGGUGAAGCGGCACCACCACAAGCACAACCUCCGGCACCGCUACGAGUUCCUGGAGACGCUGGGCAAAGGCACCUACGGCAAGGUGAAGAAGGCGAGGGAGCGCUCCGGCAAGCUGGUUGCGAUCAAGUCAAUCCGGAAAGACAAAAUUAAGGAUGAGCAGGAUCUUGUCCACAUCCGGAGAGAGAUUGAGAUAAUGUCAUCCCUCAACCACCCCCACAUCAUUGGUAUCCAUGAAGUGUUUGAAAACAAUAGCAAGAUCGUCAUUGUGAUGGAGUAUGCCAGCAAGGGAGAUCUGUAUGACUACAUCAAUGAACGGCAGAGGCUGACUGAGCAGGAGGCACGACACUUCUUCAGGCAGGUAGUGUCUGCAGUCUACUACUGUCACAAGAAUGGAAUUGUUCAUCGAGACCUGAAGCUGGAAAACAUCCUGCUUGAUGGAAAGGGAAAUGUUCAGAUAGCAGAUUUUGGCCUAUCUAAUGUCUACCAGCAAGACAAAUUCCUGCAGACCUACUGUGGCAGCCCUCUCUAUGCAUCCCCUGAAAUUGUGAAUGGGAGGCCCUAUAAAGGACCAGAAGUUGACAGCUGGUCCCUUGGGGUGCUCCUCUAUAUCUUGGUCCAUGGGACGAUGCCUUUUGAUGGACAAGACUACAAGACCCUUGUCCAGCAGAUCACUAGUGGGGAAUACAGAGAGCCCACAAAGCUAUCCGAUGCCUGCGGAUUGAUCCGGUGGAUGUUAAUGGUGAACCCGGAGCGCAGAGCCACCAUUGAGGACAUUGCCAGCCACUGGUGGGUGAACUGGGGCUACAAGGUGCCUAUCGGGGAGCAGGAGUUGCUGCGGGAGACAGAGUCCCCAUUGGCCACGGUGGCGGAGUGGCUGCGGCGUUCCUCGCGGCCCCUCUUCGAGAACAGCUCCAAGGUGCGCUACUUCUUCAAGCAGCACAUCCCCGGCGUCGCCCUGGAGAGGCAGCGCUCGCUCAAGAAGUCCAAGAAGGAGAAUGACGUCACCCAGGCUCUGCAGGAGGUGGCCCUGGCUACAGAGAACCCCUCCAAGUCCAUCCUGAAGAGGCCCAAAGGGAUCUUGAAGAGAAGGAACUCCUGUGAGCAGAAAACGCAAGCUCCUGCCCCUCUGCCCAUGGUGGCCACUGGCGACACAAAUGACGACUGUGUGGCACAAACCACAGACCUGAUUCGUGGCCUCUCUUCCAGGGGGCUUGCCUGCACCAUGGAUGCUGGUGCUGCAGCCCUGGUGGUGCCCAAGAAGGGAAUAUUGAAGAAGCCCCAAAAGCGAGAAUCUGGGUAUUACUCCUCCCCAGAGCAUGCUGACUCCAGGGACCUUUUAGACUCCGACCUGGAUGCCAGUGUCUUUGCUAGCAGUCUCUCCCCAGGCCAGAGCCCUGAGGGCCUUCCUGCCAGGAGGAAGGGCAUCCUGAAGCACAAUGGGAAAUAUUCCUCCAGCAACACGGAAUCAGACAGCAACCCCAUCAAAGGCUUUGGUUCCUUUAGCGAGGUGGCCUUGCCCAAACACCCUCUGGCCUCCCGAGCCCACCCAUCCAGCGCUGUGAGCGAGGACAGCAUCCUUUCCACAGAGUCCUUCGACCAGCUCGACCUACCUGAGAGGAUGCCGGAUGCAGGCGGGGGCAUGCGCAGCUGCAUCUCUGUGGACGACCUCCUCUGGCUGGAGGAGACAGAGGAGGAACCAGGGCGCAGGCUCCGGCGCUGGACUGUGACACACUGCCAAAGCCCCCUCAGGGACAGUUGCUUCUCUCUGGCAGACUGUGAGAAUGUCACCGAUGUCUACAAGCAGGCCAUGGCCAUCAGCAUGAAGCUCAGCUGAGGAGCCCCAGCCUGCAAGCUGUUGCACAUGCCACUGACGUCUCUGCAGAUGAGACUGCUGUAGGACACCAGUGCCAGAACAAUUGCACUGCCUUGGAGGUGGGAGAGCCUUCCCCAUCUUGGCUGUCCCCUUGCAGGGCUGGAAAUGCAGUGGUAACAUUGGAAGUACUUAUUUACAUCUUUGUACUCUUCUGGCAUGGGAUGCAUGUGGAGGAGGAGGGCAGGAAAGAAGGUUUUAACAGUGCCGAAGUGGCUUACAAAGGGUACGACAGAGUAGAGGCAUGUUUAGUGAGAACACGCUACGUUGCAUGAGAAGGUGGAUGUAGAGUGAAAAGGAAGUGCAAUGGGGUGAGGUAUGUGUGCAAGAGUGGGUACCCAUCUUGAUCUGCAGGGAACUCUUGACGGACCAAAUACCGGAGAAGUAGCAAGACUGGUCUUGUGACCACCUAAGAAACUGGAGUAACUCCUCGUGCAGAGUGGUAUAGGAAAGGGUUAACUAGAGUGUCUCUAGCAGAACUCUGCAGACCACUUUUGCAGCUCUCUCCUGGACUCCCUCACUUCUCAAAACAGACUUAAUCAUCUCAAGUUAAGGAAUAAAAAAGCUGAAUGGCUUCAGAUUUUAUUUAAUUUUUGCACUCUGCUGUGUGCUGCACAAGAGGAUAGGGAUGGGGCGGUAGCAAUACAGCCAGGAAAGGGAUCCAGACUUAGCAGGGCAAUGAGAUAAGAACAGCCACUGGCCUGAGAAGAUGGCAUUUGGCUUGUUAGUAACUGAAAUCUAGGCUCUUAGGAUUUCCUGGCAUGUAUGAGGUCCAACAUCCAUCCCUUCCCCACUCUGGGAAGCCUGAACUGGAAUAAUGCACCCUUUGCUUUAAUCUUGUAAUGUUGGGACAGUUACAGUUUUCUCAUCUCAACACUUCAGGCAGAAGUGGUUUGACACAUCAGUGACCAUGGGUGUAACAUGUAUUCCAGGCUGAUCUACAGCCCCAACCUUAACUCCUCUAGCUGUUUGGGUUCUGAUGCAUCUUGCUUGGGCCAUAGUCAAAUAACAAACUCCCCCUGCUCUCUGCAGUGGGACCCUGUCUUGCAGGUGCUUUAAAUCCACUGGGCUGCAAGAGCAUCCUCUGACAGACUGUAAGGUUAGCUAUUGGCCUCUGGCUAGAGGAGCUACUCCACUCAGUUGGAGUUAGAUGCCAAAAUCCCUUGAAGCUCCUCUAAAAGUUACAGCCAAGGCCUGCCUCUAACAGCAAAAAGCCAGGUGGACCUAGAAUCUGGGGACUUCAGAAACCAUGAUCU